AUGCCAGUCCAACCAAGUACCACCCAGCACCCAGCUCCCAGCACCCAGCACCCAGCACCAGGGACCAGCACCUCUCUCCCGCCUCCCCUCCCACAGGAUGACUACCCUGCGCCCCUGAGCCCCCCCCUCCACAAGCCCAAGGUCCAUUGGCACUAUCCUCUUUGGGCUAGACGGCCGACUCCCUCCACCUCUGGGCCUUUCUUUCCCCUCUUGCUGCUGGGCUUGCUGCUUGCUGCUUGCACCUGUAUGCCAUCCGGUGCUUCUUUGCAGGUUGAUCACACACACAUCAUUUUGGGCAGCACAUGCCAUCUAAAACAAUUCGAUCCCAAAGUCGACAAACGCCCAUUUCUUCUUGCUCCCUUCUCGGAUGCAGCCUGGUCCGCCGCCAUCAGCAAUCCCAUUCAUUCCGUCUCACUCUCCGACGCUGGUGUCCGUCUUCCUCAGCCUCCUCUACGCAUGAUUGAGGCCAUGUUUGUCGUCGCGUUUCCCUUUCCACCUUCGACAUCGGGCUCCCUCUUCCCCAUACCCUACCCGACCAUGGCCGGUGUCCUGAGCAAGCGCCAGCAGGCGCGUAACGAAAAGGUCCUUCACGAUCUGGUCCACUCCGUACCGGGGAACAACUUAUGCGCCGACUGCCAGGCGCGGAACCCAGCAUGGGCCUCUUGGAGUCUGGGCGUGUUCCUUUGCAUGAGAUGUGCCGCUAUCCAUCGAAAGUUGGGAACUCAUAUCUCAAAGGUGAAAUCCUUGAGCAUGGACAGCUGGUCUAAUGAACAAGUGGAGAAUAUGAAAAAGGUCGGAAACGUUAGGUCCAACCAGAUUUACAACCCCGAUAACAAGAGACCUCCCGUUCCUGUCGAUGCCGACGAAGCUGAUUCCGCCAUGGAACGAUUUAUCCGCACCAAAUACAUGAACAACAUCCCCAUCCCCACGAGGAAGCAACAUUCAGGCCUUUCAGAUGAAGGCGUUCCUCCGCCGCUACCACCAAAGUCGGGAGGAAAGUUUGGGUUCAGAUCUGCCUCGUCAAUCUUCCCGCUAUCGUCUCGGCUGAGAAAGGAUUCGUCAUUGCGUAAUACCAUGUCGAGUCCCCGCGAGCCGCGAAGUCCCUCGCCCAGCGAUCUGCCGAACAAGCCCUCCAAGGUGUUUGGCGCAAGCGUUUCGUACGAGCAGGAAGAUACAGAAAGGAAAUUGGCCAGUCUGAGGGACAUGGGAUUCUCCGAUGGCCAGCGCAAUGGUAUGGUGUUGAAGGGCGUGAACGGAAACCUGGAGCGCGCAAUUGAGACACUGGUGCGGUUAGGCGAGAGCGAUAGACGGUCACCUUCUUUGACAGGGCCUCGUGAGAGCUCUUUGCGCGCGACACGCUCGCACGCGAACCUGUCAACGUCUAGUGGAUUAUCUGCACCGCAUCAGACGUUCAGUGACCACCCCCAGUCGCCCUCGACAGCCUCGAGCAACAACCCCUUCGACAUGCUGCCGCCGCAGCCGCAAUCUUCCCAAUCGACCGGCACGCUCCAGAACAAAAACCCCUACGCGAACAACCCCUUCGGAGCUCCCACGCAACAGCAGCAAGAUAUUGCCCAGGCUUUCGGCAGCAUGUCCCUCGCUCCAGCGCAACCCCUAUUUCCGCACCACACGGGCGGAUUGCCGGCUUCCCAGCCGUUUGCUCAGCCUCAGCAAACGUACCAGCAGUCCAUGACGCCUCCCAUUCCGCAGCAGCAUCAGCAGCAAAACUACAACCCCAUGAGCUUUAAUAGUAAUAUGACCUAUCCCCAACCCAUCCAGCCGCAGGCAACGGGCUACAACCCAUUCCUCACGAACCAGGCGCAGCCUCAGCAGCAACAAAACCUUGCAGUCAACACAGGGCCAUCGUCAAGCCCAUAUGCGAACAACCCGUUUACUCGAUCUCCGACAAGAAUCCAAUCGCUUUCGCUAGGCCAGAUACCCGAGCAGUCGCAAUCGAACUUUUACAUGGACUCUCCGCAGACGAUGACACCACAGAGCAGCAACCCCUUCUUUGCACAACUGGGCUCGCAACCUACGGGGCAACAGCAGGUACCACAGCAGCAGCAGAUGUACCAGCAACCAUUUCAGCAAGAGCAGCCGGCGUUUGGGCAGCAGCAACAGAACCCCUAUCAGCAGCAGCAACAAAACGCUUACCAGCAACCGGCUCAGCAAUUGGUUCAGCAGCCGUUCCAGCAGCAGCCGCAACACCCGUUUCAGCAACAGAAGAUGCCGCAGCAACAAUAUCAGGCUCCUACGGCACAGGCUCAGUAUCAACAGCAGCCCCUGCAACCCCAACGGCCCGACAAGGCUUCGAUCUUGGCACUGUACAGCCAACCGCAGCUGGCACCUCAGCCCUUUGCACCCCAGACCCAGGCGCAGACGCCAGAGGUACACCCCGAAGUCGCAGCAUCUCAGCAGCAGAGCCAAGACGCAGCGAGUGGGUCCAUGGUAGCAGGAAGCAAGAACCCCUUUUUGAUGAAUGGCGGCGGCGGUGGUGGAGGCAUGUCAUCGCCGCCGCCGCCACCACAACAGGUGAUGGCGGCUCCCGUAGCGAAUACCGUCGGGCCGCGCAAGGCGGGUGUCAGUCGCGAGAGCAUGGCAUUUACGGAUAUGCAGUGGACGAACGGGCGACACAGCCCAGACGCGUUUGCCAGUCUAAGCGCGCGGCACAUGACACGGCCGAGACUCGACAGGGUUGCGCCGACCCGAUGGGAUGAUACCUUAUGCCGUAGUUCCGAGUACAUCGCUCUUCCGCCGAGGCCGAUGAUUCAAACGCCGCAACGGGGCGAUGAGUCAAAUCCCGGGAGGCCACAAAAACCCCGCCGGGUGCGCGCCAAGCUGUCUGCCAUACUUGAGCUGUUGAUUUACAUUUCUUGUAGCUACUUCCAGAUGACAUCCCCGUCCUUCCAAGCCCGGCUCCGCGCCGCCAUCCCAGACGGGUCCGACGCCCCCACACUCCCAUCCCGGGCCUCCCUCGCCGCCGCAUCGGCUUCUCUACCCCGCCGACCAUCGUCUCACAGCACGGGUGCCAGCACCGGUGCCAGCGCAAAGGGAGAGGACAAAGACAAUGACGGAACCUACCUCGCCCCCCUCGGCACCGAAGCGACCCUAGCCCACAUCCUGACGGACAUCGUCCCCGCCCUCAACGGCCAGGCGCGCAGCGGGCGGUACUACGGCUUCGUCACCGGCGGGACCCUCCCCGUCGCCGAGGCGGCUGACAAUAUCGUCUCGGCGCUGGAUCAGAACGUGCAGGUGCAUUUGCCGGAGCAGACCGUCGCUACGGAGGUGGAGAGCGUUGCGUUGGGGAUGCUCGCUGACGUGUUGGGGCUCGAGGACGGGAGCGGCGGCGGUGAAGGAGGGGUGUGGAAGGGGAAGACGUUCACCACCGGCGCGACGGCGAGUAACGUCCUCGGCCUCGCGUGCGGGAGGGAACAUGUGAUUGCGAAACGGGGCGGGAACGUAGGAGAGCAAGGGCUGUUGGGCGCGUGUGUGAGUGCCGGGGUGAAGGGGGUGAGGGUGUUGACGAGCAUGGGGCACAGCUCGCUUUCCAAAGCGGCGAGUGUGGUGGGCGUCGGGAGAGCCAAUGUUGCAGAGUUGCCGCUGAGCGCUGAUGAACCGUGGAGGUUGGAUUUGGAGGGUGUGGAGAGGGUGUUGCGGGAGGGAGAGGAGGAUGGGGUGGUGAGUGUUAUUGCGGUGAGCGCGGGCGAGGUGAAUACGGGGAGGUUCGCGACGGGGGGGAAGGGGGAGAUGGAGAGGUUGAGGGGGUUGGCUGAUCGGUUUGGGGCGUGGAUUCAUGUCGAUGGUGCUUUUGGCAUCUUUGCGAGGGCUCUCGAGGCGAAGCCCGAGUUUGCAAAGAUUCGAGAGAUGGCUUCGGGGCUGGAACUCGCGGACAGCAUCACCGUGGACGGACACAAGCUUCUGAACGUGCCCUACGACUGCGGUAUGUUCUUCUGCCGCUCCCUCCCAACCCAGAAAACCGUCUUCACGAACCCAAACGCAGCCUACCUCUCCUCGGCCGGCGCCUCCGCCAUCCCCUCACCCUUGAACAUCGGCCUCGAGAACUCGCGCCGCUUCCGCGCGUUACCGGCCUACGCCGUCCUCCGGUCCGAAGGGCGGAGCGGGUUGGCGGCGAUCCUGAGCCGCAUGGUUGUGCUUGCGCGGAAGUUAGCCGCGUGGAUUCGAGCUUCGGAGGCGUAUGAGUUGCUCCCCGAGGGGGUAUGGGAUAUCGAGGAGAUGACGCACAUGGUUGUGCUGUUCCGCGCGAGGGAUGAGGGGUUGGAUGGGGAGCUCGUGGGGAGGAUUAAUGGCACGAGGGAGGUGUAUGUUAGCGGGACGAGUUGGAAGGGGAGGAAGGCUGUUAGGGUUGCUGUUGGCAGUUGGAGGGUUGAUGUUGAGAGGGAUUUUGAGGUUGUGACGAGGGUUUUGGGGGAUAUUGCUAAGGCGUGGGCGAGGGAAUCUGGCAGGAAGGUGAGGGGAUGGUACUUGGGUCACUUCUCUUUCUUCUCUGUCAUAAUGAGAAGUGGCAGGGGCAGGUGGUCGAGGGGUCAAGGAGGCGCCAGUGGAAUCCGUUCUUUCGAGAUCACCCUUCAACCUUCGCUACACUUUUGGUUCGAUUCUCCACUGCUGACCUUUUUUCUUUCUGCCCCAAGGUGA